UUAAGUUCAUGCCAAAUCGCCCAUUUUGAAGCUGGCCACAUGACCCUGGAAACUCCAACGAGAAUCCAUCUCUUCCAUGUUGUCCUGGAGAAUCCCAGCUUCUCCCAGCUCGGCGUGCUUUGGAGAAAGAUACGUUCGACCGUAACGUUUAUUCCCAUCCAUUCCCUUGUGCUGAUCUACCGGGCACUCAGGGCUGCAGACAUAACUCUCCACCUCUACCUGAUACCCAAUGACCACUCACUCAGGAAGGCCAUUGAAGAAGAAGAAACGAAGUGGGAGUCAAAGCUCGUUCCCAAACCUCCUCAGACCAAUGCGCUGUACUUUGGGUCUCAGUAUGAGGUGUCUGGUACAUCAGAGCUAAAGAUAACACCUGACCAACUGGAGCUCUGCUAUAGAAGCCCCGCAGACCAGCAGUCAUAUAUUGAGCUCUACAUGACGGAUAUGGAGGAGGAAAUCAAGCUUCACAUGAAAGACAGAAAAGAUGGGAAACUGGUUUGGAAUACUUUUGUGAGGCCAGAGGCAAUGAACAGUGAUGAAGAGGAGGAGGUGCUUAGUAUGCAGAACAAACAAAAGGUGAUGAACGAGGCCUUACUGCAGCUGGUUGAGCGGAAAGGAGCUCGGGCCCAAGAAGAACUCUACCAGAGUCUCAGAGAGACGGACCCUUACCUUGUACAGGACUUGGAGCAAUCCAGCUAG